AUGAAGAUCAAGCGAACAGAUUUCAAUAAAUCGCGAGAUACUCAUCCUCGAAUUAUAUUAGCUUCACUUAGAAAUACACAUAAUAUUUCAUAUCAUCAUUCAUUACCUAUAUCAUCUGUCUACAAUGGUCGUCCCAAACUUCAAAAAUCAUCAUUUCAAAUUCAACAUCCACAUUCAUUAUUAAAAGAUAGACGAUCUUCUAAUAUUAUUCAUGCAACUAUUCAUUCAACAAACAAUAAAUCUUUCAAUACUAAAGAAACUUUAUUCUCAAAUUCAAAGAAUUUACCAUCUCUUUAUCAACAAGAUAAACCAAUUAUUAAUAGAAAUUCUAUCAAAUCAUUAACAAAUAUAAGUCCACAUUAUCAAUCAUCACCACAGUCGCACAUUAAUAAAGAAACAAAUUAUAAUUUGUUGGAAAACUUAUCACAAGAAAAUAUAUUGCCAACAAGUACAUAUGAUAAAGAAAGAAUAUCGACAGUCAACAACUAUUCAUUGGUAAAAACAAAUGAAACCGAGGGAACCAAUUUCAAAAUUUUUCAAGAACAAAAGCAAAUUAAAAACAAAAAGAGAGGCUAUUUUAAAAGUAUAUGUCUUUCAUGUUCACCUCUUUGUUUAUGUCUCUCGUUAUUUUGUUUACUUCUUCUUGCGAUUGGCAUUGCUGCAUUGCUUGUUGCCUUAAUUACAAUGUUUAAAUCGACGACAACAACUACUACAACAUUAGUGACGACUACGACUACAUCAGCAACUUCAACAACUGAAACAACUACAACAACCUCAACAACGACGACCACCACGACAGCUCCAUGCGAUAGAUAUUCGACAGAAACGACUUAUUCAACUGGUUCUAACUCUACACCGUAUUAUAUAGCAGUAGGAGAUGUUGAUGGUGAUGGCGAUCGCGACAUUGUUGCCGCAAAUUAUGGUUCAGGCAACGUCAGUGUUUUUCUUAACAUAGGCAAUGGUGCUUUUGCUCCUCAAGUGACCUAUUCAGCCGGCAAUGGCUCUCAACUAUGGUCUGUAGCCUUAGCAGAUGUCGAUGGAGAUGGUAAACUCGAUAUUAUUGUCCCAAACUAUACUGCAAACAACAUCGGCGUGUUUCUCAAUAGCGGUACUGGUACAUUUGCUGCUCAAGUGGUGUAUUCAACGCUUACUUUCUUAAAAACUCUGACAGUAGCCGAUGUCAAUGGAGAUGGCAAAAACGAUAUUAUUGUUACAAACUUCAAUGUAAAUAAUGUUGGUGUUCUCCUUAAUACAGGCACUGGUACGUUUGCUGCUCAAGUCACCUAUGCAACUGAUGCGUACCCGUAUGCAGUGACAACUGGUGAUGUUGAUGGGAACGGUAAACUCGACAUCAUUGUCACAAACUAUUUAGCUAACGUCGGUAUUCUCAUCAACAAUGGUACUGGCACGUUUGGCGCUCAAAUGACCUAUUCAACUGACUCUUAUGCGAUGUCAGUAGCAACAGCCGAUAUUGAUGGAGACAGUACUCUCGAUAUUAUUGUUGGAAACUACAUUUCAUGUGAUGUCAGUGUUCUACUCAACACUGGUACUGGCACAUUUAAUAAUCAAACGACUUAUUCAACUGGUAUAGGUUCAAAUCCACUCUCAGUGGCAGCCGUUGAUCUAAAUGGGGAUAAUAAACCUGAUAUUAUUGUUGCAAACUCUCAUGCAGACAAUGUUGGUGUUUUCUUAAAUAAUUGUUAG